CACUGCGCUGAGGCCCUUGUUGCAAGACCGACCCAGCCGUGGAAAGGGAGAGUUGUUCUUUCCAAGACUCAGGCUAAGAACCAGGCCCAAAACCAAGUCUGGUGCAGUCAGAGGGGCAGAGGCAGGACCAAGGCAGGGGUGCCCUUUGCACCCACCUCCAGUGUCCCAGUCCAGCCCCAGACCAAAUACCAGGGCCUAGAGGUCCAGGGCAGGACAGCCAGAGUCAGAUCUGCUAGUGUGGCUGGUUCUGGUCCUGAGGAGACUGAGGGAGAGCAGGCCGUCACAGGAUGUAAGGACCAGGCCUCUACCAAGUCUGGGACUAGUAUUAGGGCCAAGGCCAGGGGGCUAAAGGACUCUUUCAAGUCAGGAACCAGCGGGACGGCCAGGGGGCCGGAGGAUGUUCCCAAGCCAAAGACCAACAGCAGUAAGGCCAAGGGGCAGGAGGUUACUAGUGUUUUCUGUCAACAGUACAGCAGCAGGGGGAGAUUGAAGGCAACAUGCAGACCAGAGGUGAAGAGAUCCAGGGGGAAAAAGGCACGGUUGCCCCCCUCUUGGGAGGGCCUGGAAGAAGUCACGAGCAGUACCCCCACCCCUAACGCCCCUGCUACCGCCACAGUGCACAUUGACAUUGUCACCCCUAAAUGCGAGGGUAGAGUGUGUGUCCCAGGAAGUCCUGGAGGUGAACCUGAGACUGAGAGUAGCCCCACUGGUCUAACAAAGGAAGGGCCUGGUAGUCUGAACUCUCUACAGAAAGGUUAGACAGCCCGUACGCAUCACAGAGUAAUUUGGUCAGUGUAUCCUUUUUGUUGUCAGGGAAUUUAUCAGUGCUCAUUUGGAAAUGAAAACAAAACCAUCCAUCCGUUGCUUGUUGCCCCCUCUAGGCAUCAAGGUGCAGAGGAGCUGUAAGCAGGAUAGAGGGGCCAACAGGGCCUCUCGGAGGAGGAAGGUGCGUUAGGGGACACUAAAUAGAACAGGGUUGGAGCCUAGGUAUCUGAACAGUAGUGAUGCACAUUGUUUGUGUGUAACGGGUGAUACGAUGCACAUCAUGCCAACUCAAGUCUUGUCUUCCAGAGGACUAGAGACCAGAGACCCUGUUCCAGAGGACUAGACUGUGCUGUGUGUGGGCAGCAGCUACUGCCUGUGGCAGAGGGUACAUUUAAUUCCCACAAAUAAACACAUAUCCUUAUGUCAGUGACCCUCAAUCAAAUUAAAAGUGGAUGUUGUAACUUGUGACUGUGUACCUUAGGUGAGCUGCAGAGCAGCCUGUGUGAUCUGGAGCAGAUAGCCAGGCUUAGAGGCACCAGAGGAUGGGGAGCCACAGGUCCAGCCCAGUGUCCAUGCCUCCCACCCAGGCCCCUAUGUCCCCAUGACCCCCCUAACCUACUGGCGGUCCGGGGCAUCGCAGCCCUACAGGCCCUCAGAAGCCGUCUUCAGCCUUACAGGGACAACAACAACACCGGUAGGCCUGAAAGAAAUCAUACAUCUGACUUUAUCUUUAAUCUUUACGUUGUUGCCUAA